AUGCGAUUGACGCAAUUCAAUCGCAUCGAGCUAUUCAGCAUGGUUACACGUUUCUUGGUUGCGCUGGCGCUGUUAGGUCUGCGCGCAGGAUUUGUUUGGACACAGCAGUCGGAGGAGUCGGAAAAUGCGCCCUUGCCUACGCCGUUCCCUAAGCCUGGCCGCUACGUUCCAGAGCUACAUGGCGCAACACGAGGUCGUUAUGUGCCAGACCUUAGCGGGAAAUAUCGCCACGUGCAUAGACCCUAUGAUGGGGGCUAUGGCGAUCGUGGUGAGCCAUAUGUGAACAUUCGAGGGGAUUAUCCAACGGACUCCCAACAGCUUAUGCUCGGCCCGAGGGAUCAUCUGCGCUUUAUGAUUGACUUCAACUUGAAUGGCACAGGCUGGCAGAUUAUACAAUUCGAGUGGGUGCGCGAUGGCGAGGAAUCGGAGCAACGUAAAUUUAAUUACGUUAAUGAAAACAAGCUCUGGGGUACGGACUCCGAUUCCGACUUACAUUCCGAUCCCAGUUCAAUGAGUCCCAGUGCUUAUGACUAUAAGCAGCCGCAAGCUAAUGUUGAAACGGUACGUGUGGCCGGCGAGUACGAUCAGAACAGAAACGAUUACCAGGUGAGCUACAGAAAUGAGCCCGCACCACAGCAAUCGGUUUCAAAUGCUGGGCAGGAUCCGACCCAAAUACAGGAGGCAAUCGACGAGGUACUGGAGUACAUACAGCAACAUAUCUUGCCAACACUCAAGUGAAUGCAAAUAAAUAUACUGCUUCUGUGAAUUAAGUGAAAUAAAUCGUAAAGACAUUGUUCAACAACAAUUUGAAGGCUUUAUU